UGAUGUGUGGAGCUGGAAGCCUCACACCGGGAAGAUGAGCGGCAUGGACGACGAUAUAGAGCCGUGUGGCCCUACACCUUCCCGAGAGCUCACCCAAAACCCGCUGAAGAAAAUCUGGAUGCCUUGCAAAAACGGCCUUCCAGAAAGACACAUUUUUCAGAGGAAGGUAUGCAUGACCAACUGCCCCACUCUCAUCGUCACGGUGGGCCUCCCAGCCCGGGGGAAAACCUACAUCUCCAAGAAACUGACCCGCUACCUCAACUGGAUUGGUGUGCCAACAAAAGAGUUUAACGUUGGGCAGUACAGACGAGAAUGUGUGAAGAUCUACAAGUCAUUCGAGUUUUUCCGACCUGACAACGAGGAGGGGCUUAAAAUCAGGAAGCAGUGUGCAUCAGCAGCUCUAAACGAUGUGCGUCAGUAUCUCACAGAGGAGGGCGGUCAAGUGGCGGUGUUUGAUGCCACAAACACCACAAGAGAAAGACGAGAGACAAUCAACCGAUUUGCCGAACAAAACGGCUUUAAGGUUUUCUUCGUUGAGUCUGUCUGUGAAGACCCUGAUGUUAUCGCAGAAAACAUUGUGCAAGUGAAGCUCGGUAGCCCGGACUACACCCACUGCAACACAGAGCAGGCCGUGGAGGACUUCAUGAAGAGGAUAAAGUGUUAUGAGAACUCCUACCAGCCUCUGGAUGAGGUGCUGGACAGAGAAUUGUCCUUCAUAAAGAUCAUUGACGUGGGUCGGCGGUACCUGGUGAACCAGGUGCAGGACCACAUCCAGAGCCGGAUUGUGUAUUACCUCAUGAAUAUUCACAUCACACCACGUUCCAUCUACCUUUGUCGGCAUGGGGAGAGUGAGCUCAACGUUAGAGGCCGAAUCGGGGGAGACUCUGGUCUUACGGCCCGGGGAAAGGAGUUUGCCCGUUGUCUGGGACAGUUCAUGCACAAACAGGGCAUCAGUGACCUGAAGGUGUGGACGAGUCAGAUGAAGAGAACCAUUCAGACGGCGGAGGCUCUGGGCGUUCCCUAUGAGCAGUGGAAAGCUCUUAAUGAAAUAGAUGCUGGCGUUUGCGAGGAGCUGAUGUAUGAGGAGAUCCAGCAGCGCUAUCCUCUGGAGUUUGCACUGCGGGAUCAGGACAAGUACCGUUACCGCUAUCCUAAAGGAGAGUCCUAUGAAGACCUGGUGCAACGGCUGGAGCCGGUCAUCAUGGAGCUGGAGCGGCAGGAGAACGUUCUGGUUAUCUGCCACCAGGCCGUCAUGCGCUGCCUACUCGCCUACUUCCUGGACAAGACGGCAGAGGAGCUGCCUUACUUGAAGUGUCCCUUGCACUCGGUGUUGAAGCUGACGCCAGUGGCCUACGGCUGCAAAGUGGAGAGAAUCUCCCUGAAAGUGGAAGCUGUGAACACCCACAGAGAAAGACCAGAGAAUGUUAAUGUGCACCGGACUGCGGAGGAUGCCUUGCAGACCGUUCCCGCUCACCUCUGACCCCGUCGUUUGGCCAUCCACUCUCACUGAUCUCACUGCCUGUGCUCCGGGGAUCCCCUGACCUCCUGGCAACUCACAAACAAGACUUUGGGGUCCCCUGUCUGAGUACCCAUCCUUUCCCUUGACUCCCUAAUCAGUGGCCAGACUGCACUGCACUGUUCAUUUUAGCCUCCUGGGAUCAUAGGAUGUAUGGGUCUAUCCACUGUGUUGCCAAUUUACUCAAAACACCUACCAUGUAUAUACACUCAUUGGCCAAUUUAUCAGAAACACUAACCAUAUAGGUCCACUUUGUAGGUAAACUGUUACAGACUGUUGUCCUUCAUUUGCUGUCCAGUAUCAGCUCCCCUAUACCCUAUCGAUCAAUGAAAAGGGACCACCAUAAGACCAUCGCUAGCCAGUUGGAGCAACAGAUGGGUCCCGGUCUAAUAUAUAUACAGUGAACCUAUGCGGUAGGUGUUUCUGAUAUAAUGGGCCAUAAAAAUGACAAGAACUGAUCCUACAGCAGCAUUAAUGCAAAAACAGUGGUCAAUGUACCCUGACCUUUGGUAAGUCCAGAAUCAAAUCCCUUCCUACAUGACCAGUACUUUCACACUACAAAUAUCGACACGCACAUUUCCAGAGGGGAAGAGCUAUGGGGAAUGAGACCGACACUGCUCGUGUGAUUCAUGCCAUGUGAUUCAUCACUCUAUAACAUGGAGAUGGUCCAUCAGAAGAAGCUGAUUUAAAAGGGAAUUCCACCUACUUAAAAUGUCUGCAUAAUUCUAUCAUUGAGAUGUAAACAAAGUCCUUCAGAGUGGUUUGACGGUUCUUUACAGUGGUGGUGAUGGGAUUCAGGGGUCACAUCAUCGUCCACAACACAAAUAUAGGCAUUUAAUUUACUAUCCAAAAUCCAGCAAACCCACACGUCACUCUGAGUUUUUAUUUGCAGGUUGGUAAAAUAGUGGUACAUUAAAAAAAAAAAAAAAAAGAUAAAAGUUGUGUAUGUACCUUCCCACCAUUAAUGUUUUAAAAAAGGUUUUUAGGCCAAUGUUGUCAUUAGUUAAUGCUUUCAUAACUAUUUUGUAUAGCGACUGUCUAUGUUUCAGACGUCUGGUUCCUAUCACCAUCACUGCGAACGAUUCUGAGUCUGUAAGCUCCAAAACCAGUUUCAAACCAAAUCACUCUGAAUGACUUUGUUUACAUCUUAAGGAGUUAAUUAUGCAGAAUCUUUUAAAAAUCUCUGUAAUCGCCUUUUAAUCUGCUUUGAAAGAACCUCAGUUCUACAUCUUUGGGAUUCGGAAAGUGUAGCAAAGCUGGGAUACAUGGGAUGUAAUAUAUUGGGAAUGUAAUGUAUUGUAUGAGGGCUGUACUGGUGGGGAUAUAUUGAUUAUAUAUUCAGUAUAUAUUGGGUCUGCGGAUUUCGUGUGUCUUUUGCGUUGCUCUCUGUGUCAGUAUUGUGCUUAUCGUUGUGUCAUUAUUGUUUGAUUCUUAUCUCUCUGUUACUUUGAGGGAAGCAUGGCACAACCGCUUUAUGUCCGCGUGAAGAAAUCCUCAGUUUAUCACUGGUGUUAAUACUGUUGCCAUGACUCUAUUGCCUUCAUACAAAGAUAUGUAUUUAUUUUCACAUGUUUAAAAAUCAACAUACUUUUUUGCUGCUUGGCACCCAAAUGCAACUAUUUUGAUUAUUUAUUAUUGUAAUGAAUUACUUUAAAUCACGCUCACAUUAUUUUUCACUACUUUCCGAUAUACAACUGUGGAUUGUAUCCUGAAUUUUAAAUGCCCAGAAAGUGAAUUAACCAUAUGUGUGUAAAAGAUGGAUAAAAUUGCUUUUAAAGUGCAGACAUGUAAUCAUACACUGGUCCUUUUAAGUAACGCAUUUUGGAACAAUAUGAUCGUCCCUAUAUGUCUUACUGACAAUAAAUGGUAUUUUAGAAAUGA